ACUGUCUAAUUCAAUUGGCGUCUGUUUCACAUAAUUGUAGCUAUUUCAUAAUUUUGCAAGUUUUGUCCAAAGAAGAGAUUUCGAGUUUUUCUGUUCGUGUAUUAAAAUUAUUCGUCAGGAAAAACUGCGAAUUGUUUAAAACCUUAUCGAAUGUGCAGAUUUUAUUUAUUAUUUUUUUUCAUAUAAUAAUGUCUAAGAAGUUAUGUACAUCGUCCUUACGAAAACGAAACUGUAGUACACCAUGCCCUGUAGAUCCUGUUUCAACAAGUAAAUCGAUCGAAAAUGAUCCAUCAUUUUGGUUAGCGCGUUUGCCCAAUGAAGUUAUCGUAAAAAUCUUUUCGUUUUUAUCACUUAAAGAAUUAUUGUUGCUAAGGGAGCUGAAAUAUGAAAGGUUCACAGACUUGACGUUUAUGAUUCGAGCACUUAAUUUCUACGUGAAUCGCAGAUCCCUUCCAGAUGAUAUGUCUUUCUUUUCCUCCAGGAUUAAACUGCCUCUUGUAAGAGAAAUAAAUUUCAAUUAUGUCACACAUGUGAAACCUACGGAUUUGGAAAUGUGCAUAACAAAAUGUCCUCAUUUAAAAAACUUAUUUGUUAUCCAGUGUGGUUUGAGUAAAAGAAAUAUUUUUCGCAUAUUUUCAAAAUGUACGGAAAUUGAAAAUUUUGCUUGGGAUCCUAAUGGAUUUGCUGAGCGUACAUCUUUUCCUGCUAAGAAACUGAAGAAAGUGUACUUCACAAAUGAUACAGACCGUUGUCAUGAUUUAGAAGUUAUGUUGGAAAUGAUUAAUUUAUUCCCUUCUGCAGAAGACAUACGAAUCAAUUUUUCUAGUCAUUGUUUAUUUCAUUUACAUCCAGUGAUUGGUAAACUGGACAUUUUUUGCAUUAAAUGUCUAGCUGAAGAUAAAUCCAUUGUCAUAUAUUUUGACACUUUUAGGGAACAACCUGAACGAGACAUAAAAUGUGUCUGUCGGAAGAUAUUACGCAAAAUGGAGAUUACACAAACUGGAAUUACACUGUCAGAAUCUAUCAGACACUUAUACAAAGAUAAUAUGUAUAUCCAUCAUUCACCUUGGCUACAGCUACGGAACAUGGACUGUGAUAUAUCCAAGUUUUCCCACAUUCCUGACAGUAGUAUAGAAUAUUUAAUAUUUGUCUUGCAUUCGCUUGAUCCCAUCAUGUCCGAGGAUAUAGUUGAAAAUAUUCAGAGAGUGGGAGGUGAAAAGUUGAAGUAUUUCACAUUGCGAGAAAUUCCUCACAUCCCUCUUAGUUCUGAUUUAAGAUUAGGGAAAAUAUUUCCUGCAAUUGUUUCACUUCCUAAUAUAUUCAGGGUCUGCAAGAAUAUUGUGGCAUUAAAUGUAUGUGAAAUGCAUAUUGUUGGAAAUUUCCCAUUUGAGGCUUUGCACUGUUUGAAAAGUCUUGAAAUUCUGUGUUUACCAUCGUGUGCUCUUAAACUUGCUUCUAAGGAGGACACUGCUUUUGAAGAUAUGGUUAGGACAUGCACAAGUGUUAAGCAUUUCUCUUUAUAUGGGUGCGCAUGUAGUAAAGUAGGCCCUCAAGAUAGUGUGCUUUCAGCCAUACAAAAGUGGACGAAACUGCAACAUCUCUUACUUUAUAAAGUUGCCGAAUUACGAACUCUUUCUUUUCUCAUGAAAGUUGCUGAUUAUUGUAAUGAACUAAGGAGCUUGGAAAUAAUUGAUGUCGGAAAUCCAUUAGUCUGUCACUAUACACCCAGUGUUAUACAUGUAUUAAAAAACUCCAAAAGUCUAACAUUUCUUAGAAUAAAUCAGCAGUGUUUCUACCCGAUGUAUAAAUUAUUUUGGAAAGCUGUUGGAGAUGCAAAAAAUUUAGAAGGACUUUGUUUAAGCACAAGAUCCACAGCAUCAUUACAGUCCACACCUGUACUUGAUGCAAUUUCUCAGUUGCAGCACUUGCAUCUCUUUCAUAUAUUUGUUAUUGGAAGACCGGAAUGUUUGCUUCCUCAAGUAAGGCAAAUCAUGUCAAGAAAUGGAAUAGUGAGACCUAGUCUGUUACCUGAUUCUAAUACACGUUGUCCAGUACUAAAGUGCCCAAAACAACAUGUGCCACCAUUUUGAAUUUUGAUUUGGAUGAUUUUAAUUUUGUAAUUUAAAAUUUGAGUAAAUUGAGAUUUUAAUAUAAAGAAUGCUGAAAAUAUUUUAUUUUUUUUAAAUUUAAACUCUUAUUAAUUUUUUCUCUUAAUUAACAUGUGCACAUAGUAAUCCUUAACUUAAAACAUUUUUAGAUAAUUAAUUAUGAAGAGAAAAUGUAUUCUAAUGCAGUCCCCCAAGUGGUUGUCCAAUAUUGGACUCAGGGAAUUGUUAAAAUUGUGAUUAGAGGUAUAUCAUGUUCGUGAAAAUUUUUUUCUUGAUUACAUAAAAUAUUCUAGUUUUUUUAUGAACUAAUUUCCAAACAUGUAAUCUGUUUUGUGAAUUCUAAAAUAUAAUUGAAAUGAUAAAUAAAAACAUCAUUUGUGAAUAAAUUGUGUGAAAAGGAAUGAGAAAGUUAUGCAUUUGAAUUAGAGAUCUUACAGGACAGGUAAGUUUCAGUUUUCAAUAGGUAUCAUUUUACUUUCCAAUCAUGUAAUCUGAUUUCUGAUUUCUAAGGAAUGAUGAGAGUUAGUUGUAUAAAAAAGAAUGAAAAAUAUGUGCUUCUGAAUUAGAGAUCUUACAUAACAGAUAAGUUUCAGCAAGCAGUUUUGCUUUGCUAAAAUCAAAUUUACAUGGCUGAAAUAACAUUCGUAUUAGCAGUAAAUAUUCAGUUGUAAUAAACUAAAUAUGUAAAAAUGAUGAUAGUAAUUGUAAAAAGACAAAAACUUAUCUUUUUGUAAUCACUUAUGAGUAUUCUUGCCAAUAAGCAUUGGCCAUAUUCCUCCAGUUAGCAGAUAAGCCACAAAGAGAUAAUUUAUUUUGUUUCAUACUAUGUUAUUUUAUAAUGUUUUUAAUUUUAAAUGUCGCUGAAGAUAUCUUUUAAUAAUUAAAAAUGUGGGUUUAGUUUGCAGUAUGUCAGGAUGUGAAAGUUUUAAUAAUUAAAAAUAUGGAAGUCCAUGUAAAAUGUGAAGUUCCAAUGAGAAAGUAUGACUCCUUGAAAGCACUAGCACUGGAAAAGUUUAAAAAUCUGUGAACUCAAUCUAAAUAAUAGUGUAUAAUGCUUCAUUUAUGCAAUGUAAUUUCAAAAUCUAAAUUGUUAUGUUUGAUAAUUGUUUUUAUUUGUUGUUAACUGAAAUAGUAAAAUUUCAGAAUAAAUAUAUUAUGAAGUUUCCAACUGAAAAUGUUCUGUGUUUUCUCAAUUUUAUAUGCUUCAGAAAAUUAGGCUUGCAAUCUAUGAUCCCAUAGAUUUUAGGAGUGUGGCUACAUUAUCAACAUCUUGGGAUAAUGUGAUAAAAAAUAAAGAAAUCUACAUCUCUCUAAGCUUCUUUUAUAUUUUUAAACUUGAUGUCUAUGCUACUUUUCUAAUCAAAAGAAGUGUGUUAUCAGAAAUCACUAUUAAAAUGUGAAUAUAUUAUUAACUUUGGUUAUUUGUCAUGUUUUCUUUUGUCAGUUUUUUUUAUCAUAUUAUAAACUUUAUACUCUUUGUCUCUUGUGCUUAUAUAUAAAGCAUAAUAAAAAAAGGUUUUAAAUAAAA